AGGAUCGGUGCCUCCUGCCCGUCGUGGCGCUCGGCCGGACUCUGCCCGUUCCCGGGGCCGAGGCAGCGCCCGGCGGUGCUGGGGCUGGCGCUCGCCCUGGGGCUGCUGCUGCUGCUGGCGGCCGCCGUGCCCCGCCGCUGGGCCGCGCCGCCCCGCACCGCCCGGCGCGACGAGAGGUACCUGGCGCGGGUGGAGGAUCUGACGGCCACCGACACCGAGGACCCGGCCCUCAGUUACGGGGUGGUCAUCGACUGCGGCAGCAGCGGCUCCCGGGUCUUCGUCUACUUCUGGCCCCCGCACAACGGGAACCCCCACGACCUGCUGGACAUCAAGCAGAUGAGGGACCGGAGCAGCCGCCCCGUCGUCAAGAAAAUUAAACCAGGCAUCUCCACGGCGGCGGCGGCAGCCCCGGAGCAAGCUACGCCCUACCUGCGCCCGCUGCUCCGCUUCGCGGCGGCCCACGUCCCGGCUCGGAAGCACAAGGAAACCCCGCUCUACAUCCUGUGCACGGCGGGCAUGCGGCUGCUGCCCGAGAGGCAGCAAGCUGCAAUCCUGGAGGACUUGGUGAGAAACGUGCCCCUGGAGUUUGAUUUCCUCUUCUCCAAAUCCCACGCAGAAGUGAUCUCUGGGAAGCAGGAAGGUGUCUACGCUUGGAUCGGCAUCAACUUUGUCCUGGGCCGGUUUGAUCACGAGGAUGAGGAGGACGCGGUGGUCACCGUGGCGCUGGGGGACCAGAGGGAGUCCCUGGUUCGGAAACGAACAGUUGGGAUCCUAGACAUGGGGGGCGCCUCCCUGCAAAUCGCCUACGAGGUACCCGACGCUGGAGCCUUCUCCUCCCCCCAGCAGGAGGAGGCUGCUAAGAACUUGCUGGCAGAAUUCAACCUGGGCUGUGACGUGCAGCACACUGGCCACAUGUACCGCGUCUACGUCAACACUUUUCUGGGCUUUGGGGGCAAUUUUGCCCGGCAGCGCUACGAGGAUCUUGUGCUGAACCAGACCCAUGUGCACAACCGCUUGCACAGGCAGCGGACAGGGCUGAGCCCCAAGACACCCUUCCUGGACCCCUGCCUGCCCGUGGGGCUGGAGGACACGGUGGCCAGGGGCGGCCAGACGCUGUACGUGCGGGGGCGAGGGGACUGGCCGGCCUGCGCAGAGCAGCUGCAGCCCCUCCUGGCCGGGUCCAACAGCAGCCAGCCCUCCCUGCUGGGGGCCUACAAAGCCCCCAUCGACUUCAGCAACAGCGAGUUUUACGGCUUCUCGGAGUUUUUCUACUGCACGGAGGACGUGCUGCGCCUGGGGGGCCGCUACAGUGCCCCCACCUUCACCUCCGCCGCCCAGGAGUACUGCAGCCAGCGCUGGGAGGUGCUGACCCAGCGCUUCCGCGGCGGCCUCUACUCGGCACACGCUGACCUGCACCGUCUGAAGUAUCAGUGCUUCAAAUCAGCCUGGAUGUACCAAGUCCUUCACCAGGGCUUCCGCUUCCCCCCGGAGUAUCCCAGCCUGCGCACGGCCCAGCUGGUGUACGACCGGGAGGUGCAGUGGACGCUGGGGGCCAUCCUCUACAAGACACGGUUUCUGCCACUCAGGGAUCUCCGGCAGGAGGGCAUCCGGCAAGCACACGGCUCCUGGCUGCGCCUCUCUUUUGUCUACAACCACUAUCUCUUCUUCGCCUGCAUCCUGGUGGUAGCUCUGGCCAUAGUCCUCUACCUCCUGCGGCUGCGCCGCAUCCACCGCCGGCAGCUGCGCCCGGCUCAGCUCCCCCUGCUCUGGCUGGACAAGGUGGUGGUGCCACCAGGGCAGGGACACGGGCCGUGACAACCGUGGUACCCGCCACCCCAAUGCACCAGCAGAACCAGGACUGGCUGACAGCCUGGGCCCCCAGGGCUUGGACUCUUUCUUGAAGACCAUCUCAACCCCGCACUCCAUCGUCUGCACGUCGGAACCAGAAUCUGUGGGCUGAGGCAGCUACAGCCACCAGAGCUUUCCUCUCCACCUCACCCCGCUCCUAAUCUUUACAUUCCUUGGCCUCUGGCCUUCGCCUCGCCACAUGGUGCAGAGCAAAGUCCUCUGCUGCCAGCGGGCUCAAGGCUGCAGCCCUGGCAGGUCCCUCAGAUAAGCAGAAUGCUAUUGCCAAGGUGGCCAACCCAGGGCUGUGGCCUGAAGCACCAGGCCACCCCAUGACUCAGCCACCAGUUUGCAGAGCAGGCUGGUGAGGUGCACUAGGUCACCACCUGAGGUGGCCUUUCUGCAGUCCCUUACAAACCCACAGGCUGGAGAAGAGCAGUCACCAGCAAAGUUCCUGCAGGAACCAGGUGAGCCACAAGUGUGACUGGGCAGCUCUGCCCAGCCCAGCCCCUCUCAGAGCAUUCCUUCCAAGGUGUCCUGCUCUUUGCCGUGUCUUCCCAUCCCAGGACAAUCCUCCCCGGGCUCAGGGACUGGUACCUAAAGCACCACCAAAGUGGGCUGCAUUUCCUUACAUACAUUCCCUCCUGGGCACAGCUGCCCUGUGAUGUCCCAGGGGUUAAUCAGGCACUAGUGCCAGGACCAGUGGUUCUCUUCCCCAGGAGCGCAGGCUGGACCUGCCCAUGGGGACACCACCUCACUCCAGCCCAGCUCCCUGUCCCGGGGCAGCCCUGGGCUGUGGCUCUGCGCACAGGUAUGAGCCUUCCUCCCCGGGGCUGGAGCCCCUGGUGACACAACGGAGUUUGUCACUUUUUACUUGAACUUGGCUGUUGCCGUUCCUGGGGGUAUAAACAAACCAACCCCUCGA